GACACACACCAGCAGUCGGAUGACUGCCUUUCUACCACCAUUCGGACUGAAUGUAUCUCAGUGCAAAUCCAGGCUGAUUUGUCCGACUAUUCCGUACCAGCAAGUGUUGGGCCAUUGCAGUCCUGAUAGGAAAGGCACUCAGACUCAGCAGAAUAGUAUCUCAAAUGCUGUUUAUCGCAUUUAUAGCCCUAUAAAGAAGGCAAAUCGUGUGGGUAAUCAGACAUUCCUUCACCUGCUGGGCACCCUGCGUGGCACAGCAUCAAGCAGCUGUCCGUGACACAUGCAGCGUGCUGUGUAGGCCCAUUGUUUUGGUCACUGGAGCUGUUAUAGCAUUCUCUUCCAAGAAAACAGCUCACUUGUACUGCCAAACAGAGAAGACACUCACGUGAGAACUUCCUGCUCUGUUAGAUAAAGGCAAGGACGUGCAGGUGGCCUAAUGACAGGUACCAAGUGGGAGCUGCCUGCAUGCUGCUCUGUUCUGCUGAGCAUAUCCUGCAGCUGUGAGGUGUGUGCAGCAUGAAGGCUGUGCUGUGUGUGAGCAAAAAUGUCUGCAGGAUGUGACUUUGUUGCACUCUACAAUGGGCAGAAGAUCCCUCUCAUAGGACUGGGAACCUGGAAAAGUGAACCUGGCCAAGUGAAAGAAGCAGUGAAAUAUGCCCUAAGCGUGGGUUAUCGCCACAUUGAUUGUGCAGCAGCUUACAGCAAUGAAGCAGAGAUCGGUGAUGCUUUCCAGGAAUGCCUUGGGCCCAACAAGGUUAUUAAAAGGGAGGACCUGUUUGUAACAUCAAAGCUGUGGAAUACCAAGCACCACCCAGAAGACGUUGAGCCAGCACUAAGAAAAACACUUGCAGAUUUGAAACUGGAUUACCUGGAUCUGUACCUCAUGCACUGGCCCCAUGCCUUUGAACGAGGGGACAAUCUCUUCCCAAAGAAUCCUGAUGGCACAAUGCGUUAUGACUACACUGACUACAAGGAUACCUGGAAGGCUAUGGAGAAGCUGGUAGAAAAAGGUCUUGCAAAAGCCAUUGGGCUGUCAAACUUCAAUAGUCGUCAGAUUGAUGAUGUAUUAAGCGUGGCUACUGUCAAACCAGCCGUGCUCCAGGUAGAAUGUCAUCCUUACCUAGCCCAGAACGAGCUGAUAGCUCACUGCCAGAAACGAGGGCUGGUUGUUACUGCCUACAGUCCCCUGGGUUCUCCUGAUCGCAUGUGGAAACACCCAGAUGAGCCUGUGCUUCUGGAGGAGCCUGGGAUCAAAAAACUGGCAGAAAAAUACAAGAAGUCACCUGCACAGAUCAUCCUCAGAUGGCAAGCGCAGCGUAAAGUGGUUACUAUUCCCAAAAGUGUCACUCCUGCUCGCAUUCUGCAGAAUCUCCAGGUAUUUGAUUUCAGUCUCACAGAAGAGGAGAUGAGCCACAUUGGAAGCCUGAAUAAAAACUGGCGUUACAUUGUGCCAAUGCUUACGGUGAAUGGAAAGCCAGUACCAAGAGAUGCCGGACACCCCCAUUAUCCAUUCAAUGAUCCCUAUUAACUACUAGAAAAUAAGGUGUUAGAAUAACAUGCUCCUCUAUAUACUUUUCCUGCACAGUAAUUAGUGCCAUAAUUUGUAAAAAAAAAACACCCAGCCCCAUCUAUACAAAACCUUCUUUCCUGAGUAGGUUUUCUUAUAGUGUACUGCUUUUCAUUGACCUUCUUUCUGGAGAUCCUGUAGCUUCCAUGUCAGAAUUUGUGAAUUUAUUACAAUGACUGCAAGCUUGCCUUGGGGAGCAUCAAAUCUUUUGGCAUUAGAUAAAGAGUGGGAGAGUCUAAAUCGAGUUCCAAACAUCGUUAUCAGGCAAGGGCAAUACUUUGGUUCUGCCUGCUGAACGGUUUUCAAAUCUUUAUUACCAUAAGUGGGGAAAAAAAAGGAAAAGCAUUUUCAGACUAAACAACUGCUCAGCAAUCAGCUUCAGUAUCUUUGUUAAUACUUUAUACAAGGAAUGCGGUGAAAUGUGCUGCAGUUGCAUUUUGUCCAUAAAACAGUGAUUAAAACCCAAGUUGCCAGCCAUGCUGCGUGCUUUUUAUCCUCUUUGGAAUACUUGCGGGACUUAAAACUCUCUCCUCUUUUUCUUUCUCUUUUAAUUUGUUGGUUUGAGGAGAAUAAAUGCGCGCCCUUGGAGCAGGCCUUCAGGGCAAGCACCUCCAUUGCAGCACGGAUAGCUCCUAGCUCUCAGACCUUCCUCUCCCACCAGCCUCAAUACUAUUAAGCCUUACAGAAAUCCAUCCUACCUUUCCCAUGAAGUUGUCCUGUGUCUCUGUACCAAAGAUGUGCAGUCUGAGUUCCGGGAGGUGGCGGGGCUCGUUCCUGCCUGCACAGUUAUGAACAAUGAAAUAAACUGUCAGAGCACCCCUUCA